CGGGUAAAAACCUGCUGAUCGAUCUCAUUCUCUGUCACACAUACUUUCUGCCUCACACACACACACACACAGAGCGACACACGCAGGAGGCGUUCUUCUCCCUCUCCAUCAGAAACAACUGACGGCCAGGCGGGAGAGCUGCAUUUUCUGUUUAGGUAGUUAUAGCUGGAGCGUAUACAGCUACUAGCCUCUACUGCCUGCUUACAUCUGUCAGCUGGCCACCCGAUACGUGGAUCCUUUUGUGUCCGACUUCCAUUGUGCCAUCUAUUGAGGGUGCUUAAGGAAACCGCCGCCAGUGGACAAGAUGAAAGAACACAGGGGCUGGGACCUCAAAGGCUUACUGAAGAGGAACUGGUUGCUGAUUGCGACCAUUGUGUCAGUGCUGUUAGGGAUAGGCCUUGGGGUGUUGGUUAGGGACUAUGCUUCCCUUUCCCACCUCGAUAAGCAGUAUUUUGGAUUCCCGGGAGAUAUCCUGAUGCGGAUGCUCAAGCUGGUCAUCCUGCCCCUCAUCAUCUCCAGCAUGAUAACAGGAGUGGCCGCCCUGGAUUCGGAUGUUUCCGGAAAGAUAGGUUUGAGGGCUGUGGUUUAUUACUUAACCACCACCAUCAUUGCAGUCAUUUUGGGUAUUGCAUUGGUGAUAGCCAUCAAACCUGGUGUCUCUCAGAAGGCAGAAAACAUCGACAGGACAGAGAACACACAAAACGUCAACACUGUUGACACACUACUGGAUCUUGUCAGAAACAUGUUUCCUGAAAACAUAGUGCAGGCUUGUUUCCAACAGUACAAGACAACACGCAAAGAGUUGGAACCCUCUAAAGUGAAGGAGAACACUACAACCACAAUGUUCCCUCCUCUCUCUACCACUGUUAUGGCAACCAUUUUCCCCCCAGAGAACAUCACCAAGGACUAUAUAAUAGUCGGGUCAUAUUCUGAUGGGCUCAACGUGCUGGGCCUCAUCGUGUUCUGUGUGGCGUUUGGCCUCGUCAUUGGCAAGAUGGGGGAAAGGGGACGCAUUCUGCUGGAGUUCUUUGAUGCUUUAAACGAGGCCACCAUGAGGCUAGUUCAGAUUAUCAUGUGCUAUAUGCCAGUGGGAAUACUCUUCCUCAUCGCUGCCAAGAUCAUCGAGGUAGAAGACUGGGAGAUCUUCAGGAAGUUGGGAAUGUACAUGGUGACAGUUUUGAGUGGCCUAGCUAUCCACGCUACUGUUUUUUUGCCGCUGAUCUACUUUGUCAUUGUGAGGAAGAACCCGUAUACCUUUGCCUUGGGGAUGGCUCAGGCACUGGUCACUGCUCUCAUGAUCUCUUCCAGCUCUGCCACCCUGCCUGUCACCUUCCGCUGUGCCGAAGAGAACCUCCGGAUCGACAAGAGGAUCACCCGCUUCGUGUUGCCCGUGGGCGCCACCAUCAACAUGGACGGUACAGCUCUCUACGAGGCGGUCGCUGCCAUCUUCAUUGCCCAGCUCAACGACUAUGCUCUUGACGUGGGUCAGAUUGUCACCAUCAGUGUAACAGCAACAGUAGCCAGCAUCGGAGCCGCUGGUGUACCUAACGCUGGUUUUGUUACCAUGGUGAUUGUGCUGACUGCGGUUGGACUACCGGCAAAUGAUGUCACUUUAAUUAUUGCUGUGGAUUGGCUGCUAGACCGCUUCCGCACCAUGAUCAACGUGCUGGGAGAUGCCUACGGAGCUGGCAUCGUUCAGAAGCUGUCCAUGCGGGAGCUGGAAAGGAUGGACGGCACCUCGGACGUGACUAACCCCUUCGCCCUGGGGACCACGCUGGACAACGAGGAGUGUGAGAAGAAGUCCUACGUCAACGGCGGCUUCACCGUCGACAAAACUGACGCCAUCUCCUUCACAGAGACCUCCCAGUUUUAGGAGGAAGGGGGGAAGCAAAGAAGUGCCAAUGCUGCUAGAUGUUUAGCCUGGUUCUGUUUGUAGCCUGGUUCUAGAUCUGUGACCAACAUUUCCUGUUGAUGCAGGAGGAUUAUUUUCCUGUUGUAGCACACUGACUCAAAUUAAGAUCCUACAUCUGUAGCAAUAUCAGCCACCACCAUCUGUUCUAUCUUGAUUCUCUUUCCAGCACUGUCCCCAAUGAUCAGUAUGGUUUUUAACCACAAGUGGAAAUCCUCAGCAGCCCUUAAAAUGAGCUGGGCUGUAUCUGAAAUGACACCCUAUUGCUUAAAUAGUGCACUACUUUAGACCAGGGCCUAUGUAGAGAAUGAGGUGCCCUUUGGGAUGAACCCAUGCUCUCUUUUACCAAAAGAGCUUCCAUUGUUAUGUUGACAUAGUGCCGACAAUGUACACAGUCACUUUUGAAUGAAUCAAUACUUUUGCUAUUGUUUUUACAGAGGGAACAAAGACGACUACAAGAGCCAGAGCUUUUGAAACACAGCGCGUGUGUGUAACUGAAAUAAUAUAUCGCCGGAUUGAGCUGUGUAUAUGUAUUGUGAAAAAGAGCAUGGAAGAAGAAAUAACUAUAUUCUUGAUGUUCAAAACACUGUAUAUUGCAAAGAUUCAAACAGACUUUGUUUGCUCUUCAGAAGAUGACCACUCUUUGCAAAUUAUUUUUUGUGUGACUUUUUAUUUCAUUUUGUCCAUUUUUGUUCUGGGGGGUCAGAUACAAAAAACAAAGAAAUCCAUACAAAGACAACCCCAACCCAUUCCCCCCUAGUCCCCUUUAGCCUCCCAUCCCUUCCCAUCUCACCCAGCAACAGAGGUUGUCUAUCAGCCCCCCACCAACCCAUUCCCAGAGUCGCCCCCCCAUCCCCCAACAACAUCCAGAGACCCCCAUACCACCCCUUCCCCGUGGGCCUGAAAGCGAAAGCAAGUUUAAAUAAAUAUAUAUAAUUGGUUUGUAUGUGUGGCGCUUUAGCUGAGAUUGUUCUUUACAUAGUCAAGUAUAUUUGUUGGUGAAAGUUAAUGUUCUUAAGCUUUACAAUAUGUGCCAAACAUCUUAUUCAUUAAUUCAUUAACUUUAUAUCAUCCAUGUAAUUUUAUUGCAUGAAGCAAUAUUACAAAUAAAUACAGUGGGAAACUUGUAAUGACCAUAGACCUGCUGAAAGUCUUUUUCAAGUGACCAAUAGCCUUUUUAAGAAAGUAGAGUUGAUGGGCACACUAACGAGGUUUGAGUUAUGAAUUUAAUUGAAUACUGUGAAAUAUUUUCAUAAUGAAUUGCUAAAGAGGAUGGAUGACUUUUUAAUAAGGAUGGUCUUGACAAUAAAGGCUUUCUGAUAACGAACGCUAA